ACAUUUAGCCCGGAACUCGCCGGUGCCACGUUGAGAAGAGUCGAUAUAACAGUUGACAACGGUGCAGUUCUCAGACCUCUCCUCGCCUUAGUGCAAGCUUCCACGACAUGAAUACGUUAGUUAUUUUAUUACUGGGCCUUGUUGCCUAUUCUACAGCAGAUAUUGUUGAAGAGGAUGGCGUGUUGGUGCUAACAAAAGACAAUUUUGAUGGAGCUGUCACCGACAACGAAUUCGUUUUAGUGGAAUUUUAUGCCCCAUGGUGCGGACAUUGCAAGGCGCUCGCCCCAGAGUAUGCAAAGGCUGCCCAGACUCUCGCCAGUGAAGGCUCUGGAAUUAAACUUGGUAAAGUUGAUGCCACAGUUGAAAGUAGCCUGGCUGAGAAGUAUGAGGUCCGUGGCUACCCCACCAUCAAGUUCAUGCGUAAAGGAAAGGCUUCUGAAUAUGCUGGAGGAAGAACAGCAGUCGAUAUUGUGAACUGGCUGAAGAAGAAGACCGGCCCACCAGCCACCCCACUUAAGACAGCCGAUGAGAGCAAGACAUUCAUUGAGGCAUCAGAGGUCGCCGUUGUUGGAUUUUUCAAGGAUGAGGAGUCGGAUGCUGCAAAGGCUUUCCUUGAGGCUGCCGGCGGUAUUGACGACAUUCCUUUCGGAAUCACCUCCGAGGAUGCUGUUUUCAAGGAUAACAAAGUUGACAAGGACUCCAUCAUUCUGUUCAAGAAGUUUGAUGAAGGCAAGAAUGUCUUUGAUGGUGACUUCAAGGCUGAUGAUAUUGCAGCAUUUAUUUCUGGAAACCGUUUACCGCUGGUUGUGGAAUUUACCCAGGAGUCUGCCCAGAAGAUUUUCGGCGGGGAAGUGAAGAACCACAUUCUGCUGUUCAUGGAUAAAGGAGAAGGCUUCGAUGAGAAGGUUGAAAUUUUCAAGUCUGUUGCCAAGGACUUCAAGGGAAAGGUACUGUUCAUCACCAUUGACACAGCGACCGAGGACAACGCCAGGAUCCUGGAGUUCUUCGGUCUGAAGAAGGAAGAGACACCCGCAAUCCGCCUCAUCUCACUCAAGGAAGAUAUGACAAAAUUCAGACCCCAAUCGGAUGAAAUUUCCGAGGAAUCAGUUCGAUCAUUUGUCCAGUCAUUUGUUGAUGGAAAAUUGAAGCCACAUCUGAUGUCCGAGGAAAUUCCAGCAGACUGGGAUGCCAAGCCAGUUAAGGUUCUUGUCGGCAAGAACUUUGCAGAAGUUGCACGUAACCAAGAAAAGGAUGUUUUUGUUGAAUUUUAUGCUCCAUGGUGCGGACACUGUAAGCAGCUUGCUCCCAUCUGGGACGAACUCGGCGAAAAGUUCAAGGACAAUGACAAGGUCGUUGUUGCCAAGAUGGAUUCUACAGCGAAUGAAUUGGAAGAUGUAAAAAUUCAGAGCUUCCCAACAUUAAAGUUUUUCCCAGCUGGAAGUGAUAAGAUAAUUGAUUACAAUGGAGAGCGAACAUUAGAAGGCUUCAGCAAGUUUUUGGAAAGUGGUGGCAAGGAAGGUGCUGGACCUGCUGAUGAGGAGGCUGAGGAGGAGGAGGAGGAGGAGGAAGAAGAAGGCGCGGACCAGGACCAUGACGAACUUUAAUCAGUGUGCAAGUUAGGCUCAUUAUUCUCAGUGGCGGGGAAUUACUCUCGUUAGCUAAGAUAUCAUCUCAUAAAUACCAUCAAUAUCAUCUUCCAUUAUCAUCUACUCCAUGGCUGCAGUGUCAGCGGUUCCAGCAUUGUACACGAUCUAUGUAAAGAGCCCCUGCCACCAUUAUGGCACUGUGUGCGGGCGGGCGGUCUGUGACCAGUUACGAACUCUGUUGUUGGUGCAAGGGUGAAAGUGUCUACCAUGUGUGAAUUAGAAUUUAAGGAACAUUCCUUAACUUAAACGGUUUUUUUUCCGAGAAGUGUCGUGAAGUUUUAUUAUGCCAGGGGACUGUUAUCAGGGAGGACUUUCUCACAAAAAGAAUAUUUUACAAAAACUAUUAAAUCAUAGUUUGUCUUAUGUUUUAGAGGACUUUUACUCGUUUAGUUUGUUACAGAUUCCAUGUUGUCUCAUGGAAGGCUUUGUAAAUAUUUUUGUUAGAUUCUCGGAGAGGUCUGGGAAUGUACCUUUCUUGUCUCUUAUGAAAGCCUUGUUGAAUCGUGCCAGUUAACCGAAGUCUCGUUAGUUACUUUGUGAAAUCAAGUCAUAAUACCUUAUAAGUUAUUUGAAAAUCUGAAAACUGUAGGUCUCGAUACAAUUUGUAUAAACCAUCCAUCUUUAAAUUUAACACAUGCUCAUCUUUUUGUAUAAUUAAGAUGGAAAUAAAAAGAUAAAUUAA